AUGAAUGGCCUGAGAGCCAUCUGCCGGCCGCCGGCGAGGGGGUUUCUCGGCCCCGCCUGCUUCUCCGGCUGCGGUUGCCGGGCGCGCUUCCUCGGUAUCCGUCCCUCUUCUUCGCCAUGCCGCAGCCCCAGUUUCGCCCUUUUCCGCUCGUCUGGUCCCGUCUUCUCCCCUCCAUUGGACUCCCCAGAUCUCCAUCGGGCAGGGCAGAGGAGGACGAUCGCCAGGGCCUCCAACUGGGCGUCGGAGAAAUCUCCUUACGAGACCUUGGGUACCAUCAUUCGUCCAACUCUUCUGGAUUAAAUUUCUCUUCAAGCUACUGUCUGAUUCUGAUCGCCGAACCCCGGAUAACUGGAGGAGAUCCAUUUCUGCUUAUAGGAGGAAAAAAAAUAAAUGAUGAAUCGUAUGAACCGCUCGGCCCUUGCUCCCUGUUUGUGGCCUGUGAUCGAGAGUCUUGUUUAGUCAUGAAGAAAAUAGUUCUUCGCUUGCUUUACUCUCUCCCUUUUGAUCGUCAGAGUUGGAUCGGGAUGCUGAUGAGGAGAAGAUCAAGUCUGCGUACAGGCGGCUGGCGAAAUAUUACCACCCAGAUGGUAUGAAUUCUCAUUGCCUCUCCCUUCCCCAUCUGUUCAUGGCUGUCCCCAUCUGUUCUUAACACCAUAUUUAUUUUUUUAAGUCAACUCUGUAUGCACUUAUUUGAGGUUCGACCUUGCUGAUCUUCUCAAACUUCUCUGGAAUUUGAUGCGAGUUCGUCAAUUGACAUCCGGAAAUUCAUGGAUUUCUAUUUUUUUCGAAUGUAUGGGAUGGGAUGAGACCUGUCGAGUUGAGAGUGGGCGGCAUGAAGUCAACUGAUGAUCAAGCAGCGUCUAGCACAUAAUGUGUUUGUGACGAGAAGAAGAGAAUAAUCCACAGACUAUGAUCCCUCUUGCAUGGCAGAUUAAACGGGCCGAUUGAUGACUCCAUGAUUUUUUUUGUUCAAAACUUUCUCACUGAGAUGAGAAGAAGAAAAUAGCAUAUGUGGAUCAUGGUUCAAUGUUUUGGGCAUAUCAACUUCUAGAUUGAUAUUUUUGGGUUCCAGUGAUCUUCUCUGUUCUUGGGAUACGAACCAAGAAUUCAAAUAGGAUGGUUUUCUGAGUUCAUUGAUUCUCUGUUCAUCUUCCUGAAUUAUUCUGGAAAACAUUUCCCUUAGUUAAUGGUGGAUCUUCACAAUCAAUUAUAUUUUUGUUCCAAAGUGUAUGAUGGGAGGGGGACGCUGGAGGAAGGAGAAACUGCAGAAGCUCGAUUCAUCAAGAUCCAGGCUGCCUAUGAGCUCUUGGUGGAUGAUGAGAAGAGGAGAGAAUAUGACAGGGACCACCGAGUCAACCCCAAAAAGGUUCAAUUUACUCAUUUUUGCAUUUCCAAAGUCAACGGUAUUUUUUAUUUUUUUGGGGUUUUUCUUUUCUAGAUUAAGAAACUCCCACUCCCCUUCUAUGCAUUGAAUCAUCUGUAAUGUUUUCGGUGGCUUACAGAUUUUUCCAGGACAUUAAUGAAGAACAAUAAUAAGAACACUUUAUUUGCAGAAGCUCUUGGAAAAUUAUAUUUCUUCACAGAAAUUAUAACAUCUAGAUUUUUUUUAGAGAUGUGACGAAUAUCCUGACUCCUCCAUCGAUCUGUUAGGCUUCGAAAGCUUGGAUGGAAUGGCUGAUGAAGAAGAGGAAAGCCUUCGAUCAACGGGGUGACAUGGCGAUCGCUGCCUGGGCCGAGCAGCAGCAACGCGAGCUGAAUCUCCGUGCUCGGCGCCUCGCCAAAUCCAAGGUAGCCAUUAUAUGCUCUCCAAAAGCACUUUUGCUUCCCAUCUUCAUUAUUUAUUUAUUUAUUUAUUUUAAUUUACUUUGUUAUUUUCUAAGGGAUGAGUGAGUGACUCAGCAUGGAAUUCCUUGCGUCUAUUGGAUCCAUAAACACAUAGAUUUUUAUCUAAUAUAAGUGAGAUAUAGAUAUUCUAGCCCAUAAAUCGGAAUGUGAUCAUUCAAACUGUUCACACACAUGAUUUCCACGGUAAAGAACAAAAAAAAAAAUGAUUUUGAUGAAAACGAGAAGAACCCAUCACUCGAAUUGUUCUCAAUUUUCGUGAUCAUCUCAGAUAUGUUCAUCAUAUUCUGCUCCUACCCAGAUAUGUAUGGAUUUAAUUUAAUUUAAUUUAAUUUAUUAUAUGGAAUGGGCAUCUGAGGAGGGAAAGCUGGUGGUGGCAGAUUGACCCAGAGGAGGAGAGGAGAAUCCUGGCCCGGGAGAGGCGGGCGUCCAUGGAGAACUUCUCCAACACUCUGAAGCGGCACACGCUCGUCCUGAAGAAGAGGGACCUGAUGAGGAACAAGGCUGAGGAGGACAAGCGCAGGGUCAUCUCCCAGCUCCUCGCCGCAGAGGGCCUCGAGCUCGACACCACCCAGGAUGACGAAAACCUAUGA